AUGCCUUUUUACCCAUUAAAUGUAUCAGAGCUCCCCAUCACAACUCUAGAACCAUCACCUCGUGUUGUCGACGUUAAAAAAUACAUCGAAAGUCGACCAGAUGUGUACAUAGCUCGAAAAACCAUGGCACCGCUUGAUGCGUUGGUCACUUGUCUGUGGUUGAUAGAUCCUCGGAUCUUGCAUCAAUUCCUCAAUCGUCGUUUACCACUUUUCAAAUUCCAAAUCCAGAGGAAUGAUCCUGAAGACGCGAAUAUGCGUUGGGAAACUUCAGUCUUGCGACAAAAGAUAUCAAAUUCCUUGCAUAUAAUACUCUUGGAAGUCACCUUGUUGGAAAUGGACGAACAUGAAAAAUGGAAUCCUACAACCACAAAGCUGCACUAUAUUACAGAUGGACACAUCCUCCGAUUCGAACUGCAUGAUGAGAACUCAACUCAAAUAGAAGAUGAAAUCCCCAUGUCUCCCACAAAAGCCAAUCCCAAAUCUCGCCUCAAUACUAUGACCCAAGAAGAAAAAGUACUACUCUACAUCACAACAUCCAUCAUAGAAACCGAGUGUGGAUAUGAACCUCUCGAAGGUGAUCCUCCCAAGUACUCUUUUAUGUGGGAUGGGAAAUGGAAAUUGCCCGAAAAUACAAUCAUCUGUCCUCGGAUUUACAGUAGGGAUUCUAAACCUCUAAUUGAUUACUAUAAAGAGGAGUAUUUGAAGAGUAGGAUAACGGCGAUGAAAGCUUUGAGAAUUUUCGAUGUGCGGCUGUUGCCUUUGUCGCGUCGUUGUGUUUGUGAAGCUCCGGCUGUUAAAUUCAGUAUUGAUAUGCUGGAGACUACUAAUGUGAAGAUGAAGAUGGAAAGUUUUGUGAAGUCGGACAGCUCUGAAGAUGAUUCUAGGUACAAGAGAGGGGUUUAUCAUUGUACUCGGUUGAAGUCCUUUGGUUGA